CAAACUCAAUGGAAGACGUAAGACGUCCAAGUUACUACAAAUCGUAUGAAAGAAAGCCUCAAACGGUUGAAGAUGAAGCGCCUAACCUUUACAGUAUCAUCUCGUUGUUUAUGGGCUUAGCGGCUGUCUUUUUCAAUUCUCGUUUACUUGGGUGGCUAAGUCUCUUUACUGGAGUGGCUUCUCUAACGUGGAUGAAAUUGGUCUCUGUAGAUAAGUUCAACAUUCUCGUGACGUUGGGUUUUGCUUUUAUGUCGAUGCUGUCUUCCUAUGUGAAAACGUAUUUUGAAUCGAUGAAGAAAUGAGGA